UCCCGGGGCGGAUCUGGGCUUCUCCGUUCUCACACUGCCUGACAGCGCCUCCCGUUCAUAGGCAGCGACCUUUCCGAGGUGCUGUGUAAUACAUGGCAUAUAAUGUGCACCAACGCGGAACACGUGCGUGCUUAAGGAUCGUCAUAUAUACCCCAUGUAUGAGUUAGGGAUAUUUGAAAUUUACGAUUGUUGACAACGUGCACUGUUUUCAGUUUGAGCUUGCCGCCCAUUUCUUUGUAAAAGCGCGUAAAAAGGAUCAAACCAAGCAACGCAAAAGUUAAAAUCGUAUGUGUUUAAGUUGAUCAUAACCAAAGUAUUUUCCAGUUUUUUUAUUUUAAUAUAAAAUCGUUCAGGUAUGUGGGGUGUUGAAAACAUUUAUAGUGGCGCCAAGAUUUGAUUUUAAGGUAACAUUUAGAAUAAUGAGUGAACCAAAAACAUGGCUUUAAUUAUGGGAAUAGUUCUCAGUAAUGUCUCAAGUGAGCAUCGUAGCUGCUCGCAUCUUAGGUUAUUGCAGCGCAUCUUAAAAUCGUUGAUUUCCUUGUUUAACUUUUCCAAAUAAAUUCCUCACCUCUCAAAGUAAUAUACAACAUUAUAUAAGAGUACACAAAUAAGUCUGCUCAUGACGUUUAAUAUUGUUGCAAUGAGUAACAUAAUUAAAAAUAUACGUAUUUUAACCUGAGCACACGUACUGUGAAAACGUACUGUGUCAUUCCUAAUCCUCUAGUGAUGAAUUAAUUUAGUUAAGUACAGGCUUGAAGGCUAUGUCAAAACAAGUGGAGAAAUGCUGUGAAUGUUAUCUUGAAGUUCAGCACUGAUUUCAGAAAUUGUUUAUGGGGUAGAGUUUAUAAGGUUGUACCCGGAAAUCAUUUAACAGGAAGACAGUAUUUUCUGUAAAGUGCAAAUUUCCUAUUUCACCAUGGGCUGCUACUGUCCAGCCAAGGGUUUUCUAAAGUAGGCACUAGUAAGACAAGUUAUGUCGCGGACACUGAAGAGGUUUGUGAUAUGUAUCGAGAAUCCUUAGCUGUGCAGAUAUUCCACCCACAUAAAAUCUCAAUGGAUAAAAAGUAGAGGAUAGGGUUAGGAACAGCAUAAAAGGAGGGAAAGCUGGACAAAUACAUGGGCUCUAACAACUAUGGAGUGUAAUUGGAUUAGUCUGGGUCCAAUGUGGUUUGUUUUAAUGGGGUCUAAAAUGUCUGCUAGCAUACAGUCAUGAGCUUUAUCUUGCCAUUUUUGUGAUAUAUACACACAUGGAUGUGUGACUGUCAUAGUGACUGCGAUAUAUUCUUAUUAUAGUUGCAUACAUACAACAGGUUACCGAUUUCUAUAAUUCUUUCUUCUCUUUUGAAAUAGCAGCCUGUUUAACCUAUUGUUAAGCAGUGUGUGGCUCAGUGGGUUAAGGUGCUGUGUCAGCAAUCAGAAGGUUGUUUGUUCAAAUCCCUUGGCUUGCAGAGUGAGGAAGGUCCUAAACUUGCUACAGGGAUUUGCUGACCCAUAUUUCUCAACAGUAUGUGACAUUGGACUAAAGCUCCUGCUAAAAAUGAAAAUGUUAUGAUGUAAAAAGAGCAAAUAAAAGUGAAACAGGGAAAAUGUGGGGGUAGAGUGUGCAGACUUUAAUGCCAGUGGAGGCUGUUCUGCUGCAUGAUAUCAAGCAGGUUCUUGGCUAGCUGGUGAUGCUAAUUGUAAACAGAGUUAUCAAAUGACAGAACCCCAUGCUGAUCACCUCGUGCGUUCAAUGAGCAAUGGCUUAAAGGGGGAGCCGUAUUGGUGAGGUUCCUCGACUGGGAUCCUUGUACCAGGCUGUGUUUAAUAUGGAAGAGGCAGAGACUCACGCCUGUUCCGUUCUUGUUGCUACGCAGGAGGUUACUGCCACUAGUCGCCAUUAUGUUGACAGACUGUUCGACCCCGACCCACAGAAAGUGCUUCAGGGAGUCAUUGACAUGAAGAAUGCUGUAAUUGGGAACAACAAGCAGAAAGCCAACCUUAUCGUGCUGGGAGCCGUGCCCAGGCUAUUGUACCUGCUGCAGCAGCCUUCGUCCAGCCUGGAGCUGCGGACCGAGUGUGCAGUGGUGCUGGGCAGCCUGGCUAUGGGCACAGAGAACAACAUCAAGUCCCUGGUGGACUGCCACAUCAUCCCCGCCCUGCUGCAAGGUCUUCUUUGUCAGGACCUGUGCUUUAUUGAGGCCUGCCUACGUUGCCUCAGGACAGUGUUCAUCAGUCCGGUUACACCAGUACAGCUGCUCUACCCAGACCCCACUGUGAUCCCCCACCUGAUGUCCCUGUUGAGUCGGUCGCAGCGAACGCAGGAAUACAUCACCCAGAUCUUCUCGCAUUGCUGCAAGACUCCUGAGCAUCAGACGAUUCUGUACAACCAUGGAGCCAUUCAGAACAUCGCCCCCCUGCUCAUCUCCCCCUCCUACAAGGUACAAAUGCAGGCCCUUAAGUGCUUCUCAGUUCUGGCCUAUGAGAAUGCCCAGGUGUCCCUGACACUGGUGAAUGUGCUGGUGGACGGUGAGCUGCUCACUCAGGUAUUUGUCAGGAUGAUGCAGAGGGACCGGCCCAUUGAAAUGCAGCUUACAGCAGCAAAAUGCCUGACGUACAUGUGCCGAGCUGGAGCCAUCAGGACCGAUGACACCUGCAUUGUUCUGAAGACGCUCCCUUGCCUGGUGCGCAUGUGCAGUAAAGAGCGCCUCCUGGAGGAGCGGGUGGAGGGUGCGGAAACGCUGGCCUACCUGAUGGAGCCCGACGUGGAGCUGCAGCGCAUUGCGAGCGUCACCGACCACCUGGUGGCCAUGUUGGCCGACUACUUCAAGUACCCGAGCUCCGUGAGUGCCAUCGCGGACAUCAAGCGGCUGGACCACGACCUGAAACACGCCCACGAGCUGCGGCAGGCCGCAUUCAAGCUGUACGCCUCGCUGGGCGCCAACGACGAGGACGUGCGCAAAAAGAUCACAGAGACGGAGAACAUGAUGGAUAGAAUCGUCAGCGGCCUGUCCGAGUCCAGUAUCAAGGUGCGGCUGGCGGCCGUCAGGUGUCUUCACAGUCUCUCUCGCUCAGUGCAGCAGUUAAGGACGAGCUUCCACGACCAUGCCGUGUGGAAACCGCUCAUGAAGCUACUGCAGAAUGCCCCUGAUGAAGUGCUGGUCAUGGCCUCUUCCACACUAUGCAACCUGCUGCUGGAGUUCUCCCCUAGUAAAGAGCCCAUCCUGGAAUCAGGAGUGAUCGAGUUGCUCUGCAGUCUGACCCAGAGUGACAGUCCAGCACUGAGGGUCAAUGGCAUCUGGGCUCUCAUGAAUAUGGCCUUCCAGGCAGACCAGAAGGUGAAAGUGGAGAUCGUACGAGCGUUGGGCACAGAGCAGCUUUUCCGCCUGCUGUCAGACCCCGAUGCCAACGUGCUGAUGAAGACUCUGGGGCUGCUCAGGAACUUGCUGUCCACACGCCCGCAUAUUGACCAGAUUAUGAGCUCACACGGCAAACAGAUAAUGCAGGCAGUCACCUUGAUCCUGGAGGGCGAGCACAGCAUCGAGGUCAAGGAACAGACGUUGUGCAUCCUGGCCAACAUCGCCGAUGGCAACACGGCCAAAGAGCUCAUCAUGACGAACGACGACAUGCUGCAGAAGAUCAAGUCUUAUAUGGGACACUCAAAUGUUAAGCUGCAGCUGGCUGCCACCUUCUGUGUCUCCAACCUCAUCUGGAACGAGGAAGACGGCUCCCAGGAGCGGCAAGACAAGCUGAGAGAGAUGGGCUUCGUGGACAUUCUGCACAAACUCACCCAGGCCUCGGAUCCCAGCCUGUGUGACAGGGCGAAAAGCGCCAUGCAGCAGUACCUGGCCUGACUGCGAGGGUGGCAGACAGAGGACGUCACUACCCACCAAUCACUGGGAGAUCAUCUUUCAGAUGCCCCCCCACUCCCUUCUCUAAAUUUUUUUUUUCAACCAUUUUGUUUUGUUGCACAAGACACCUUUUGAGUUGUGGCACAAACAGCCUCUUCCCCAGCCCCUCUGCUCCCCUGGGCCCAGAACUCUGAGCGUAACGAAGAAGAAAAGCUACUGGGCACGAUGGUCUCUUUUUAGUUCCCAGCCGGAUUGUUGAGGAUUUAGUUUAUUAUCUCUUUGUGGACAUGAUGUUGAGAUGUGUGUGCGCACAUGCGUAAUGAACUGCACGUGUGUGCGUGUGUGUGUAUAAUGGACUGUGAGUGUGUAAUGAACUACGUGUGUGUGUGUGUGUGUGUGUGUGUGUGUGUGUGUGUGUGUGUGUGUGUGUGUGUGUGUGUGUGGCACUUCCUGGGGGCUGUGGACUCAUCAUGGACUAGAUGAUCUGGAUGCUGCUGCACUUUGAUUACUGAGAGUAGGGGGAGAGGUGGAACUGGGGAUACAUGUUGCCUCUUCAUUAAUUUAAUUAUUGUUAUUAUAACUAUUGGUAGUAUUAUUUUAUGUUUUAGGGAGGGGGGGUGCUUAAAUGAUUGCUUGUUUUUUUUGGAUGGAUUCUUUUCAAUUUGUUUUGGUUGUGGAAACAUACCUCAGAAUAUAUAUAAAUAUAUAAAUAUAUUUUUUGAAUUGUUUUCCCCCUCAGUUUUGUUUUUGUGAAUAUAUUUUUUUUGUUUGUUUUUUUUUUUUUUUUUUGUUCCUGAAAUAUUUCCUGUCUGUGAGGACAGAUAUGUGAUGGAGGAAUGAAAAUGUGUGGAUGUGGGAAAACGGAGAGAGCUUUGGGUGCAGCAGGGGUGUGGUGAAUAAGGCAGUGUUGGGGGGGCUGUUUUUAUAUGGUUGUUUCGUCUGUUUUGUAAGAGAUGGCCUCACCUUUGGCUUUUUUUGAAGCUCUAAGAGAAUGAAUGAAUGAAUCAAUGAAUGUGUCAUUGAAAUAUAUGCAACCAGCCUGAUGGAGUCCGAGUGAUGCAGUUUCCUUUUGUUUAUGCUGUGUGGGCAGUGUCACUGCUGGCCAUUCUUCCUGGAUCCUUACUUUUAAAUUACAGCUGCACAUAAAUCAUUUGCCACAAAGUCUUUUCCCGUCGCUGUAAGAAUGAAGAUUGAAUUAAGCCCCUCUUGACAGGGCACCCACCUAAUUAAAACUAAAUUAUGCUUAUUUAUUCAUGUUA